AUGGCCACUCUCCACAACGUCACAAUCACCCCCAUCAUCACUACCUUCUCCGCCACCAACCCCACGAGCACCAGCACCAGCACCGCCAACGCCACCGGGUUCUUCAGCGAACAUAUCCCCACCUAUGACCUCCACGAAUCCAUUGAAAGCCCACGCAGCGAGGCGUGCUUCACUACUGCCCCACGUCCGAAUAUAACAUCAACAACCUCUCUCUUUUCUCAGCUCCUUAAGCUCACCGCGUCCUUCGAACCAAACACUUACCCAGUUCUAACCGCCCACAUUCCGUUAUACCCAACGUCAUUCAAAUAUGCACUCUACCCACCACCCUGUGACACGUGCGAAGCUAUGUAUUUUGAAAUGGAGAUUGGGGGCGAACAUAUGGUGAGGUGGAGAUGCGGUGUUGAUGACGAGUGGAGGGGGGAGAUGGACUUUUGUUUUAGGGUGCCGGGUACAAGGGGCGGUGCUACGUCACAAUGGACGUCCGCAACAGCAGCGGCAGACAUAAAAGUAGAAGAUCCAGAUACAACAACCACAACAACAGAGACAAAGACAAGCUCAAAUACGAGGAAGAGGACAGCUAAGACAUUGGAAAAAGAGCUAUUCUCUCUCCACGCCAAACCCAUCGAAAUCAAAGCCUAUCGAGCACGCAAGGCGUUGGACCUCGGCGUCAACCCCGUAUUCUGGGACUAUUUCGACCCGAGGUAUUUCAUGGUUGAUCGGCCUCCUGUCCCCUAUGUGGUUUUCCGGUUUAUAUACGAAGACGCGAGCAACGGUACAGAGUUCAUGGAGUUUGCUAGCCUGAGUGCGGAGGGGGGUGAAGAGGGGGAAGUGGAACAGGCGGCGGAAGAUGGAAUUCGGGGUAGUUCUGGUUCGAGUGAACAGUCGACUGGUACAGUGGUUAAGCGGGAUCCCAGUGCUAAAAGGGAACGUGUCGAUUCUAUUUCUCCUGUUGUGAAGGGUGAGCCGGACGAGCAGAGGAAUCCUUAUGAGGUUCCAGAAGUCAAAGUGAAGAGGGAAUGA